CAAAUCUCCCUUUACAUUAAUCUUCAAAAACAAAAGAUUGAGAUCUAGGAUCGUCUUAGUUAGAAUAUUUUGAAUUGGAUUUUUCUCUAGAUUUCGAAAUCAUGAACACUCGUUGUGCUGCUUGCAAGUAUUUGAGAAGGAGGUGCCCUUCGGAUUGCAUUUUCUCCCCCUAUUUUCCUCCUCAUGAUCCUCAAAGAUUUGCUUCCAUCCAUAGAAUCUAUGGUGCCAGCAAUGUUGCAAGAAUGCUACAGCAACUUCCUGUAAAUCAACGGGCGGCUACAGUGGAUUGCUUGUACUAUGAGGCACAGUGUCGAGUUCAAGAUCCUGUUUGCGGCUGUGUCGGGGUUAUAUCACUUUUAUACCAAGAGAUACACAAUGCAGAAACUAAGCUUGCCAAGACAAAGGCUCAGAUUGCCUUGUUUGUUGACUCUAACAGUGCACGAGAGGAUUUUGAAGUUGAAUCCGAUUUGAACGUUUUAUUGCAUGAGGAAGGGAAUGAAUUUGCCCACCUUGGGCCUUCCAAUCAAGUUUCUUUUGGAUUUACCUAGGACAUAUUAUUUCAUUCUAGAAAAUAAAUUUAGAUGUUUUUA